UAAUACCUCGCUGCGGCGCAAACGUUGGUUCCUCUGAAAACCCUAGUAGAGUAGACGCAGACGCGGAGCGUGAUCGAAGAUGGUGCAGCGUCUCACCUAUCGCAAGCGGCAUAGCUAUGCCACCAAAUCCAACCAGCACAGGGUUGUCAAGACCCCUGGUGGGAAGCUCGUUUAUCAGACCACUAAGAAGAGGGCCAGUGGACCCAAAUGCCCCGUUACUGGAAAGAGGAUUCAGGGGAUUCCACACUUACGGCCAGCACAAUACAAGAGAUCAAGGUUACCUAGAAACCGUAGGACUGUGAACCGGGCGUAUGGUGGAGUUUUGUCCGGAGGGGCUGUCAGGGAAAGGAUUAUUCGUGCUUUCUUGGUUGAAGAGCAAAAGAUUGUGAAAAAGGUCUUGAAGAUCCAGAAGGCAAAGGAAAAGCAGGUCUCAAAAGCAUGAACUUUGACGACAGCAUGAGAUAAAAGAUAUUUUUGGAGUACUUUUAAACUGUGAUUAUAGUCAAUCACAUUUAAUUAGAGUUGUUCACAUGUUAAUUGUUCUUUUUUGAACUCAUUUUAGAGCAAUUGUUAUAUUUGUCGACAAUUCCAUUGUGAUACAGUUUGCUUGCCCCUAUUAUCUUUUGAUGGUGUUUAUUGGCUUCA